AGAGCAGAGAGGGGAGACAGAAAAAUGGCGGACCUCAGGAAAAUCUGUCCUGAGUCUUUGCCCUGCCGUGUCAACUGUUCGCGAAAGCCGUUGUUUCAGGGGAAGCUUUUCAUCCUCCUCUGUGUGCUAAUUGUGGACUCCGGAGGAGCUACGACCCACUGGGUUGUCACAGAGGAUGGAAAAAUCCAACAGCAAGUGGACUCUCCUUUGAAUCUGAAACAUCCACACGAUGUAGUAAUCUUCAUGAGGCAAGAGACUCGUGUUAACUACCUCAAGAAGCUGGAGAAGCAGCUUGUGGCACAGAAGAUUCACAUAGAAGAGAACGAGGACAGAGACACGGGUCUGGAGCAGAGACACUAUAAAGAGGAUGCAGACUGUGUAAUGGCUAAAGUACCCCUGGGGGACCUGGACUUGUACGAUGGCACUUAUAUCUCCCUGGAAAGCAAAGACAUCAGCCCCGAAGACUAUGUGGAUUCGCGGUCGGCUCUCCCGCCGGAUCUAGAAAAGCCAGACUGCGCAAAAAUAUUUGAACUACCUUAUAGCAUCCAUGCUUUCCAGCAUCUCAGGGGUGUGCAGGAGAGGGCAAACUUGACCUCCCCACUUCUUUCUAAGGAGGAUCCCAUUUUUAGUUCACUAUCCCACAAGCUGGGCCGCAGUGUUGACGAGGUGGGCCAUCGGAUCCAUCAAGCGUUAUUAAGGAAUUCGUCGUCCUGGGUGCUGUACAACAUGGCGUCGUUUUACUGGCGCAUGAAGAACGAGCCUCAGAGGGCCGUGGACUGCGUAGUGCGCGCCCUGCAUUUCUCCCCAAGGCAGCACAAAGAUAUAGCCCUGGUCAACAUGGCCAACAUCCUGCACCGCGCCCAUUUCUCAGCAGACGCUGCUAUUCUCGCCCACGCUGCCCUGGACCUUACCUCAGACCUCUUCACCAGUCAUUACACCUUGGGAAACAUUUAUGCUAUGCUUGGGGAAUACAACCACUCGGUGCUGUGCUAUGAGCAGGCACUGCAGGCCCAGCCAGGCUUUGAGCAAGGCCUGAGGAGGAAACACGCUGUGCUCUGUCAGCAAAAGCUGGAGCAGCGCCUGGAAGCCCAGCACAGAUCCCUGCAACGGACACUGAACGAGCUGAAGGAGUACCAGAAGCAGCAUGAUCACUACCUUCGCCAGCAGGAGGCACUGGAUAAACACAAGCUGCUGCAGGAAGAGCAGAUCCUGCGCAACAUUAUCCAUGAAACCCAGAUGGCCAAAGAAGCCCAACUCGGGAACCAUCAGAUGUGUCGGCUGGGUCAGCAGCAACGUAGCCUCUACUGCCCCUUUGACCAGCCUGUGCGCUAUCACCGGGGGGAUUUGUUUGAGCAUGUCCACUAUGUCCAGUUUGGAGAGGAGGUGUCCGUGGCCUCCAGCGUGGCACUUGUUUCAGAGCGGAACCCCAACCAAACGGCCGCCAGCCCCCAGCUCCACCCCUCCGUGUCCGGGGACCAGGACCCUGCCGCUGCCCUCUGGGUCGGCCGUCAGGACUACACACAGGACAUACAGAGGAUACUGUGGCCUCAGAGGGCAGACUGUGCCCGGGAAUACCCAAGCGUUCCACCCGCUCACCUGCUGCCAUCCUUCUACCUUCCACCUGAAACUCAGGGCCUCAGCCCAGUGGCAGCUCUCCUCUAUGGGAGCAGCAAUCCUUUUCAGACAGCAGCUCUGCCAGACUGUAGUCCAGUCCCCCAACCAUAUCCAGUCCUCCUGCCCUCCUCACUAGACUGGUCCCUGGAAGAAAAGGAGCUUCCAGAUCAGUUUGCCUCUGAGAUUCUGCAGUUACGCAGUGGAGGAUGGACACUGGAGCAACUUGGCCACAGAAUAGCUCAGGCCAUGAAAGAAGACACUAUACCACACUGGCAGGUGUACAAUGAGGCAGCUCUAUUUUGGCGAGCCAAAGGCAAUGGUAGCCAUGCCCUGCAGUGCCUGCGUCAGGCGUUGAGCUCCACUCCGCCUUCCCACCGCCACUUGCCCCUCACCAACGCUGCUAACCUGCUGCUGCACUACAGCUUGACCGCCCACGCUCAAACACUGCUGGAGCAUGCAUUGGCUCUCAAUGCGUCAGAGCCCCACACCCUGCUCAGUCUGGUGAGCGUGCAUUUGGCCCAGGGCAACGUGACGGGUGCCCUGGCCUCGUUCCGCCACAUCUUGGUGACGGCCCUUUCCUCUUCCUCUUCCUUCUCAUCCUUUGCUGCCUGCGAACAGUGUCGCUCCAGCCUGCCGCUGCUGCGCUGUCUCCAGUUCUACCCCUUCCUUUACAACCUUUCACACCGACAGCCCUGCCCAGAGGGUGCUGCCUGCAUUGCUGAGGAGGAUCUUGGCAUCCAGCUGGAGGAAUGGGAGGGCAGCGAAGAGAAGCAGGAUGCGCCUUCUAUUUCUGCCAUGGAAGACACCCUGCUCUUUGAAAAGGUUAUCCUGGACAGUAACGGGUCAGGGGAGGCAGCUGGACAGCAGCAGGGACCUCCCUCUGUCUCGGGAACAGCUCAAAUGACCGGUUCCUUUGUGGAUGGAGGAGUGGAAAAGGAGGACGAGUGGCAGCUGAAGGAAGAGCUGAUGGGAGCGUUUGAGGGAGCACUGGAUGUAGGAGGGAAACGAGGGGACCUGCGGGGUAUCCGGGUGCUGAAGAAUGAUCGCGUCAUGGGCGCACGUGCCAGUAGUGGGCCAUGUUUUGGAAACUGUGAGGAUGACGAUGGAGCAGAGUGGAUCACCUUCCAGGUUAAGCGCGUUAAGAAAGCUAAGGUGGAUGGAUCGGACAGUGUUGCCAUAUCUGAUGAUGGUCAGAAUGGGGAGUCUCUGCCAGGUGGACACUCUGUGUUGGAGAUCAGCGGCCCAACUAUCCCAUCCCCUGGUCCUUCAGGUCGCUGGAGAGACUACACAAGUCUUGGCUGGCCAGGGCCGGAGGAGUGCCAGCGGACACGGAGGGUGGACCUCACCACCGUAGCUAGCACUUGGUUGGCUGUUUCUGCCAAGAACAUCGACAUCACAGAGCACAUAGACUUUGCCACGCCCCUCCAGGAGCCAGCCGCUGAACCUUUAUGCAACGCCAACCUAGCUGCCAGUAUGCACACCCUCGACCACCUGUCAGGAGUGGCCAAUCGUGCCGCUAUCCACUACACCGGCGAGAGCCAGCUGCGUGAGGUCCUGCAGAACCUCGGUAAAGAUAAAUUCUCCCCUCAGUCUUUUGAGCAAGUCGGCACCCGCAUUGCUAAAGUUCUGGAAAAGAAUCAGACGUCUUGGGUGUUGUCCAGCAUGGCCGCGCUGUACUGGAGGGUGAAAGGUCAAGGCAAGCGAGCCAUCGACUGCCUGCGUCAAGCUCUCAACUACGCCCCCCAUCACAUGAAGGAUGUGCCGCUCAUCAGCCUGGCCAACAUCUUCCAGAACGCUCGGCUGUGGGAGGACGCCCUCACCGUCGCCCGCAUGGCCGUAGAAAUUGCCCCUCACUUUGUCGUGAACCACUUCACCCUCGCCAACGUCUAUAUAGCAAUGGAGGAGUUUGAGAAAGCCAUGCACUGGUACGAGUCCACGCUGAAGCUGCAGCCAGAGUUCGCCCCUGCCAAAGAUCGACUGAGAACCAUCCAGUGUUACCUGCUCACCAAGAGGGAACGUCGACAGCCCUGAAAACAUUCAACCAGAUUGAUCCGAGGAGUACCCAGUGACCAUGCACACAUCAGAUGAACACACGCAUACACACGCACGCAUCUAAAUACUACACACAAUUUGCACACGACAUAAAAUUAAGAAUCUAGAACGUUUCCUGAAACGUGAAGUAUCAAGAACCACGUCCAGAGGAAUCUGGGUGCUCAUUUUUUAAAAAAUUCUUUAAGGUCUAAGUUGCCCCCCAAAAAAAAAAAAAAAUCGGUUUGAAAUGUCAAGUACAGCUGUAGAUAAUCUUGACCCUCAACUUAACCUGUGAAACGCAGGACCUUUUUUUAUCAAUGAAGAAGUUACUGCAGUCAGACACUUAUUUUUUUUUUGCUUGACUGGCAAAAAUGAAAUGGGGUAAAAUUGAUCAAUGCUUUCAAGUUCAGCUUAUUCUAACGCAAAGUUUUAAUCAUGUGCUAAUUGGAAGGAAAAACUUACUGUCAUGAAGACGUUUUAUCUUUUUUGAUAAGAGUAGGUGGCACCUUAAAAAUAAAAGAAAUGCAUAUAUUGUUCCAUACCACUGCCUAGAGAUGACGCCAUGUUUUAAUUUAACUUAAUUGGGGGUUUUAAUUGAGGAAAGAAAAGGAAAAACAACCGUCACACAAUAUUCAUGUGAGUUGUUUGCUAAGAUGUGCUUCUCAGCUCAGAGGUUUCGAGUUCAAACUCGACAAUAUACGGCCUCACUAUUUGCUUAUUAAAACGGAUGGGAAUUCUCGGUUUUUGCACUUUUUUUCUCUACCAUUCCUAUUUAUAUGGGACCUAAAAACCUUUUUUGAUUUUGUGCGCCAGGCUAAUUUAAAUACAGAACAGAGGGAAUGAAACGCGCUGUUACGUUCGCUUCUUAACUUAUGGAAAUCAUUCGGCAGAAAAAGAAUUUACCAUUGACCGUCUAUAAAAACAGUGGAAUCUGUAUUAAAUGUACAGUAUUAAAGGCAGUGUGUGGAUUUCA